GUACCAUUCAGGUAGCUUCUAGACAGUUCAGCAGUUCUUUAGGUACUCAUAGUAUGUUAUUUGGUGACUUUGGCGACAAUACUUCAUCUUCAACACAAUUGCCUCCUCCUCCGGCUGCCAAGAGGGUUUCUGAAAGUCAUGUUCGUUCAAAAGAACAAGAGAGAGAAAAGCUAGAAAUGAAAAUAAAAGAGCUUGAAGAACAAGUUGAGAAGUUGUCAAAAGAGAAGGAAGAAAAACUCUCUUCUUUAAAUAAUGAUCAAGGUCAAAGUUCACAUCAAAAUGUGAAAGGUGAAAGGUCAGAAAAGAAUGAUGCUGGAGAAGAGGAAAGAAACCUGUUGGAAAAAUCCAAAGAAGAUGUAGACGUUGUCACAGAGAACGUAACAUGUGCCCCAGUUCUGUCUAACGAAAGUAAAGCAGUUCCAGUUUCUAAAUCUGCUGACAUAAAAGAAGUCCCAAUUUCUACACUUCUUAAAAAACACUCGUACAGUAAAGCUGAAUUCAAUCAUAAGGAAUUUCUGAAUUCAGUGUUUUCCAAUCCUCUGCCUGGUGCCAAAAGAGUUCAAGAAAGGGAGAAAACUGCAGCCUGGAGUAUUUCACCAGGUGGUCCUGAAAUAUCCAGCAAGAUACAUCAGAGACCAAGGCAACCAGCUGAUGAAGCAUGGAAUGAUUUCUGGAGGGAUGGAAGUUUUAAAGAAAGAAAUAUGGAUCAUGACUCGAAAAGUAUGGAGGAUGGAGUAUUUGAAAAUAAAUUUCAUGAAGUUGAAUCACAACAGAAUGUUGUAGAAAUCUCACUGCCACUGAAUCAAAAUAUCCCACAUACAAGGGGAAGGAAAACUGUUGGCCACACUUACAGCAAUGCUAGUUCUGAUGACCUCAGCAGUGUGAUAGUGACUGAUUCAAAAUCCAGCUCUGUUGAUGGCUUUGAGAACAUUCCAAAUAAGGUAUUAUCUUCAAAUGAAGCUCCACCGAAUAGUAAUAACCAGUCAGUUCAUUCCAGUGAGGCAAUGGAAAUUCAUGAACUUCCACCUUUGAAAUAUCCAGAUCAUUCACCUUUGGAUCUUCCUUCUGGAAAUUUUAAAAAACCAUCUUCAUUAUCAAAGUCUAACAGCACAGAGUCUGAACACAACACCCAACUACCUCCCAAGAGAAAGUCCAAUGAGAUGAGUGUACCUUUGGAGAGCAGCUCAACUCUCCCAACAGAGUUUGAUGAAGACGAGAAUAGUAGUUACCAAGAAUACCAUGACAGUAACAGGAAAAACAACAAAAAAGUUACAGGCAGUGGUAUAGCUCAUAGUGUCUCGCCCUACACCAGUUACGUGGCAUCACUACAGUCACUAGCUGAUCACAAUGGAUACAUCAUCAAAGAUGUCACUCCCGAUGGCAAUUGUAUGUUUAGUGCCAUCAUUGAUCAGCUGCGUAUCCAAGGCAACUUUGAUCUCACUCCAAACUCGCUGAGGAAAACGGCUGUGGACUACCUAAAAGAAAACCCUAAGAACCAAGAUGGAACUCAUCUAGAGUCAUUCCUGUCCACAGAGACUUGGGAUGAAUAUCUCAAACGUAUGGGACAAGAAUCACAGUGGGGGGAUCAUAUGGUACUACAGGCCUGUACAGAGGUUACCGGACAUCGCAUCGUUGUUUUCAAACAAAACACCAACAAAACUGUUUUGGUUCCAACGUAUCAGGAAUCGUCAGAGAAUGAUAUUCUCACUCUGGGACACGUUGGGGAGUCACAUUUUGUCAGUCUACGUCCAAAAGACUGGGAAGCCAAUUGGCCGCUAAUGGCACAUGCACACAGAGCAAAAAUGAAGGAGAAACAAAAAUUGGCAAGAAAAAAAUCUCGUAAACGAAAGAAAUCUAAAGAUAAAGGAAAGACCCCAUCACCAGCUAUGUCAGACAAAGAAGAUUCCACAUCUGUUGAAGAGAAAGGGAUGACAAGUAAUGACACACCUGAAGGCGCAACGAAGGAAGUGGUCACAGAGAGUGAACCCAUCGAGGAUGAGGUUGAUGACGAAAGUGAAGAGGAGGCUGAAUCUGAAGACCCAAAGGUCAAGACUACUGAUGAUAUUGAAGAACUAGUGCGAAAUAGAUCUGCUAUCGACAUUUUGAGCUUGUGUCCUAUGGCUCAUCUUUCUCAUAUCAUGACCAUGCUGAUAGAGUCAAGAUAUCUCCAUACCUUUCCUGCUGAGAACGCCAUCUACCAGUAUGCUUCAUUUGGGAGAGAGGAUAAUUCUACGUUUGCAUCACAGCAUUUUGGAAGCAUAGUUGAAGAACUUUCAACCACCGUAGUUGAUUUCCGACGUGAUUCUGUUCGAUCUGAUAUUCCUCCUAUCCCAAAGAUAAUCGGCUACAGUAUUAAUGACAGACCAUUGUGUUUUCAAAGAACAAGUGAUGAUACGGACAGUGAUAUUAUGUACGUUAUUGAUGAUCAACACACAUGCCCAGGUUAUGUUCGAAUUGAAAUAAGUGUAAAUGCAGACAAAAAAGUGUCAGAACUCCUCAGAUCAAAAAUGAAUCUUUCCAUGUACCAUUUACACCCAACAUCGAAGGAUAAAACUCAAACAAUAUUUAUGGGGUUACGUUCUAAGAUCUGGCCGGAAUCAGCUAAAGACUGGUUCACACGUGAGCGGCCAGCGAAAUGGCCACAAGAAGAAAUUCUGGAAUCUGCACAGGAGGACGAAUGUUUCUUGAUCAACCAAUCUCAUCCACACAGUAGUUACCCAGAGGCAGAAUGGCAAUGGGUGUUUCCAGCGACUGAGAUACGAAUCGCUCGAGAAGCGUUAUCUGAAGAACAGAAGUACUGUUUCAGAGUGUUCAAAGUUCUGGUGGAUUUUCACACAAGAAAUUUACCUGUCCGACUGACGACUACACAUCUUAAGACGGUGAUGUACACAACAUGCGAGGUACUUGCCUCCGAAUUGUGGCGUUGGAAUCCCGCUGGCUGUCUACUGUUUCUUCUUCAUCGACUUGUUGCCUGUCUUCGCUUGGGAAUCUUGCCAAAUUACUUCAUUUCUGCAAACAACAUGAUAGACCAUUUCAGCAAGAGACACUUGUGUGCCCUCCGACAACGAUUGUACGCACUGCGGACUUUUCCCGUUUCUGCGCUUGUGAUGCUAAGUGAUCAUUACGACAUAUGUGGUACUGGGCUUCUCAACAGAACACUGGAGGACAUCAACAAAUAUAGAAAGCAUCAGAGUCUGGGUCGGUCAUUUGUAGAAUGUUUUCUCAGGAACUAUUCACUUUAUUAUCGUGUUCAAAUCCUUUGCAGCCAGUUCAAGAAUGCAAAGAAGUCACUGGAAGAAGCUUUCUAUUUUAAAGCUGAUACCCAGCCAACCAUCCAGGGUUUAGAAUGUGGUUUUGAACAAUUCUUUCUGGAGGUCACUGGAGAUGAAUUUGGUGAUCUCAUAGGAUUAGUGACAUAUGAAAUGGAUAUGGUUUGUGAGUGUAACUUCACAAAUGCUCUUCACACUUCAACUGAAUGUGUGUAUUUAAAAGACAUAUUAGAUACGACCGAUUGUUUGGAAUACUCCAAUGUCCCAGUACCCAGAAACUGUGUCGAUUCUCGAUAUAAGGAGGUAAUGUUCCUUGAAGCCUUGUCAUCACACUUCACUCAUCAGCGCCUGUACCAGAAGGCGGCCCAUUUCAUACGUUGUGCGAUAAAGCAGACGCUUCAAGCGAUUCGAAGCAGCAGCGAAGAAAUAGAACAACAAAGUAAAUCAGAAUUACGAGAGGAACGCAUUCCACACAACGAAAUCACUUUAUAUAACUACGCCUUACUGCGCUUCUACCAUGACUUGUAUAAUGCAUACAAGUCAAUGGGACAAAAAGAGCUGAUGCAAGAGUAUGUUGAAGACUAUGAGGCGGUGUGUCUGGCGUCAGGGUACACAUAUCACUACAACAGAGUAGCCAAUAUCUGGCAGAAACUCGGCAACCAUGAUAGAGCAAACUCACUUAGGGACCAAGCCAAAUUGAUCAAAUUGUCUAAAACAUGUUAUCCACAUGUGACACAUUACAGCAGCCUCGAUGAUGUAGAUUAAGACUUAAACAGGCACCAGAUGUGCAGGUUUUAAAUGUGCCACGAUUACCCGGAUGUAUCAAUGCUUAAUACUUACGUAGAUUUAAUUCCAGUUUAGCUCUGAAGUGAGUUAUUUCUAUAUUACAUAAAUGUGAGUAACCGAUGUAUUCUGUACAUUUUUUUUUUUUUGUGUCACUGAGUAUGAGUGAAUAAGACAAACCAGAGUCCACAAAAACGUUUUAUAAAAAGCGAAAUCUGUGAUAUAUACUUUUAUAAUAAUGGUUAGAUGAUUUACAGGUUGUCAUGGCAACAUUUUGCCUGAAACUGGGCAGAUUUUCCUUUAUGGACAUAUAUCAUUGUUGAUAUAUUGUUCUAAUUUCUGGAUGCCUUAUUAGUCCAUAUUUAUUUUAUGUAAACCUGAAAUUAUAUUUAGAAAGUGAUUUAUUCUAUAAAUGAAAUUGGCUUUGUGCACCAAUAUAUUUACCUAAGAAGUGAAGACAGAUACUUCAGUACAACAGCUAGAAGAAGUUGCAAUAUUGAUGAAAAGCUCAAUGAUUAUUAAGUUUAUUGUGAAAGACAAUGUUACAGGACAUGGAGAUAAAAUUAAACGACUGAUUGAAAGACUAAUGUUGUAACAAUACUGAUGUGUGGCUGUUUAUAUAAAAUAUCUUUGGGGCAUUGUAUCAUUAACAUCUUUAAUGUAAAAUCUUAUUGGUGGUCCUAAUAACCAUUCCAUUAGAAAUUAAUAUGUGAUAUCUGAUAUCGUUGAUACAAGAACGAGUGAAGGUUCAGAAUUGAAUAAAAACAAAAUAACAAUUCUAAAAUAAAUGAUGGUGUAAGGUUGCUUCUAGAUGGGUAUUUGCUUCAUAGAAAACAAAAUCCAAAACUAUUUUGCAGUGAUAGAAAAAUUGGACCAUCCAUUUAGAUGAAAGCUUAUAACAAAUAUUAUGAAAUUUGACAAGAUGUUUUCAGGUUAUCUUCGCUCGCAUCUUUUGCCUUCCAUCAUUUGUUAAUACUUUCAUUUUCUGAAGAAAAUGUUUUGCAGGAAGAAAUCAUGACCAAUGCUAACAUAUGAAUAUAUGAUUAGUACAUAUAGGGGCCGAAGGCACGGUGCCUAAAGGGGAAAUAUAUAACAACAUACUGUCUCCAAGCAAAGAUCCAAUAUAUAGCAAAAAACUUGUUAUUUAUAUUUGGAGCUGAAAUAUCAAUCUUGGUUAGAUUUUUUCAUCAUGAUAGAUUUGUAUCACAACAUGUAUGAUUAUGAUGUCAAUGUAUCAUUUUGCUUUCACGCUUCAUGAAUGUGUUGCAUAUGUAAAAACACAUUUUAAAAAUCAUUUACGAAGUACAAAACUUCACAUUUAUGAAGUACGAAACUUCGCAUUUACGAAGUACAAUCUUUGCAUUAUUGCAUCACAGUUUAAAUGAUUGUUUACAAUACAAUUAACUGAUAUGAGUAUAUAAUUGCCCUUGUA